UCACUGCCAUUCUCACAGACAGCAACAUGGAGGACAAAGAAGCUCAUCUGUACCAAGAAACAAUUUCUUGUUCUAUUUGUUUGGAUCUACUGAAGGAUCCAGUGACUAUUCCCUGUGGUCAUAGUUACUGCCUUAGCUGUAUUAAAACCCACUGGAAAGAAGAGGAUAAACAGAAAAUCUACACCUGCCCUCAAUGCGGACAGAGCUUCAGCCUAAGGCCUGCUCUGGUGAAAAACACCAUGUUGGCACAUUUAGUGGAAGAGUUGAAGAAGACUGGGCUCCAACCUGCACCAGUCCAUCAAUUUUAUGCUGGACCUGAAGAUGUGGCUUGUGAUAUCUGCACUGGGAGAAAAUUGAAAGCAGUUAAGUCAUGCCUGCAUUGUCCAGCUUCUUACUGUGAGAAACACCUUCAGCCUCAUUAUGAUGCUGCUCCAUUAAUGAAACACAAGUAGAUCGACCCCUCAGAGAAGCUCCAGGAGAGAAUCUGCCCCCUUCAUGAUGAGGUGAUGAAGAUGUUCUGUCGCACUGAUCAGCAGUGUAUAUGUUACCUUUGUUCUGUCGAUGAACAUAGAGGCCAUGAUACAGUUUCAGCAGCAGCAGAAAGGACUGAGAGGCAGAAAGAGCUGGAGGUGAGACGACAGAAAAUCCAGGAGAGAAUCCAGGACAAAGAGAAAGAGGUGGUGGUGCUUCAACAAGAGGCAGAAGCAAUCAUUGGCUCUGCUGACCAAGCAAUAGAGAAAAGUGUGAAGACCUUCACUGAACUGAUCCGUCUCAUGGAGGAAAUAAGUUUCGAUGUGAACCAGCAAAUCAGAUCUCAACAGGAAACUGAACUGAGUCGAGUUAAAGAGAUUCAGGAGAAACUAGAGCAGGAGAUCUCUGAACUGAGGAGGAAAGAUGCUGAGCUGGAGAAACUCUCACACACAGAGGAUCACAAUCAGUUUAUACAAAAUUAUUCCCCACUGUCAAAAGUCAGUGAAGCCGUAGAGUCAUGUAUCGAUAAAGUCCAUGGUCUGCGGUACUUUGAGGAUGUGAUGGCACCUGUGUGGGACCUCAGAGAUGAGCUACAUCACACUCUGAGUGAAGAAUGGCCAGACAUCUCACUGACAGCCAGCCAAGUGGAUGUUUUAUUAUCACAUCCAGAAUAUAAACUACAGAGAGCUGGAUUCUUAAAAUAUUCAUGCAAAAUCACCCUGGAUCCAAAUACAGCAAACACAGGGCUGUUAUUGUCUGAGGGGAACAAAAGAGCAACACGAACAAGUCAAAAAAUGGAUUACUCUCAUCACCCAGACAGAUUCACUGACUGGUGGCAGGUCCUGAGCAGAGACAGUCUGACUGGUCGCUGUUACUGGGAGGUGGAAUGGAGCGGACUGGCAAUUUACAUAGCUGUAGUAUAUGAUAGUAUUACGAGAGAAGGGUGCUCAUACAAAUGUGGAUUUGGAUACAAUGAUAAAUCUUGGUCUUUACAUUGUAAUAACACCUGUUACUCGUUUCGGUAUGAUGGUGUCAGCUCUCUCAUCUCAGGUCCUCCAUCCUCAAGGACUGGAGUGUAUCAGGAUCACAGAGUGGGUGUUUUGUCCUUCUACAGCGUCUCUGAAACCAUGACUCUGCUCCACAGAGUCCAGACCACAUUCACUCAGCCUCUGCAUGUUGGACUUGGGCUUGUUCGUGAUGGAACUACAGCAAACUUUUGGUAGUUGUUUUAGUAGUUGAUCAGAUCAAACUUUAUGUAACUGUCUAUGCUAGCAUCCAGAAAGAUACAGGGACAGAUUCAGGGACUACUUGGCUUUUACAGGUGCUAAAUGGGUACAAAUGAGUCCAAAACAUUGUGUGUAG